AUGCAGAAUACGCAAAACAGUUCGAUUUGCUUUAAGAGGAGGCCUCUUAUGAAAUAUAAUGCUGAUAUGAAUUUAGAUUACAAUAUAGAAGAUAAUGUGAGAUAUUUUAUUUCGUAUGAACUUAAUAAAUUCAAAGGAAAUAAAAAAAAACAGUUGAAGAAAAAAACAAGACUAAGAGUAAAAAUUGAUAAGAAAAUAGCUUCCUUUGUUUUUCCUCGAUCAAGAAAAGAAAAACGUCUAAGAUUAAUUUAUAUAAAGAAAAUACUUCGAAAAAAAUUAAAAAUAAGAAAAUGUAUGAGAAAACUUAGGCAAAGAUUAAAAGAACAUGAAUAUUUUAUUUCAAAAUUUAUUGGAAAAGAAGACGAAGAAACAAAUUUUGAAAAAAUGAAAGAAGAGAAUAUAUCAUCUGAGGAUAUGGACAAUAAGGAAUAA